AUGAACGAUUUCGAUGGUCUUCUAACCACCGAUUUCGGGUUCAAACCCCAAGGAAAAUCGGCGCCAAUGGCAGCAGCUAAAGCCUCUUCCAACAACUCUUCCUCUCUCAACUUCGAUUUAGGUUCCCGAUCCGCUCGAGCUUCCAAUUCCUUCGCCGGCGGCGAAUCCGUCAACGUCGCUUCCAUCGACGAUCUCUUCAGCGGUGGUGGCGGCGGCGGCAGCAAGCAGGAGGCGUCUUUCGACUUCGACUCCGUGUUUCGUGGCUCCGCCGAUAUGCGCUCCAAGUCCGUUAACCUGCCGGCGCACGAUGAACCGGUCUUUGACAAACCGAUGUAUGACGACGACGACAUUUUUGACGGUGUUCCUGGGCUCAAGAGCUCCUCCAAGUUCUCCUACGGCGACGUUUUCGCUCCUGCCGCGUUCGAUGAUCUUCUCGGCGGGUUAGGUAAAUCGAAGUCGUCGGAGAAGGGAGAGAGAGGUGUCACGGAUUUUGAUGACUUGAUCGCUGGAUUCGGAAGCAGUAAGGCUUCCACUGAUAGGACCGUUCCUAAUAUUGAUUUAUCAUCAGAACCUACUAUCAAUUCUUCUAAAACAGCCUCCAGUGAGACAGAUGACCCUUUCAAAGUGUUUGAAUCAACUUCAGUCCCAAUGGAUUCAUCCUCAAAAUACUUUACAGACCCAUUGGAAGAAAUUAGUAAAUUUAGUAGUUCUAGAAGCACAAAAAAUGAUAGCUUGUCAAAUUCAAAUGGUGAAGUAUAUGAUGAUAUUGAUCCCUUCGGUGGACUUGGAAAUUCUGUACCUGCAUUCUCAGCAGAGAGAGAUAGCAUGAACCACAGCAGCUCCUCAAAUAAAACCAGAGAUAAAGAAUCAAAUGGUGAAUCAUCUGUGAGAAAUCAUGAGAGACAAACACAAACUAAGAUUCCUGUUGAUCAUGAUAAAAAAUUUUAUCAGGCUGCAUUUGAGAUGCCUACAUAUUCAUCUGACCCUUACAAAUCAGUUGGCCGAAGGUCUACUUCCCCUUCACAUGAUAAUGAUGGUUUCCAGCAAGCUAAUACCCAGGCAGAUAUGUCUCCGAAAUAUGAAGAAACGUUUGAAUCAAAUGAUGAUGUAUGGCUGACAGUAUCAGAGAUUCCUCUUUUCACUCAGCCAACUGCUGCUCCACCACCUUCAAGACCUCCUCCUCCUCGACCAGUACAUAUACCCAAGGCAGUAGCAGGUUCAUCUGCUUCUGGCAAUGUCAGAAAGAAGGAUACUGAUUUUUCUUCUUUCCCAAGUUCCACUCAAUUUUCUCAAGGUCCUAAAUCGUCUCCUGCUGCAGCCAAAUUAUCUUCUGCAUCUCAGUUUGAUGAACUUGAAGAUUUUGCCAUGGGCAGGAGUCGUGGUAAUGACAAUGAACAUGGAAAUGGUUUUACUGAUGAAGAAUUAGAGAUGAACUCAGCUGCUGCUGCUGCUAUGAAAGAGGCUAUGGAUAAAGCUGAAGCUAGAUUUAGGCAUGCAAAGGAAGUUAGGGAGAGAGAAAAUACAAAAGCUGUUAAAAGCAAGGAGCCUGUGCAAUUGGAAAAGGAUGGAGAAAAGCAGGAAAGGUUAGAUCAUGAACAACAGCAAAAGGAGAGAGAGGAAAAAGAGCAAAGAAGACGUGAGAAGGAAAGGGAAGAUAAAGAAAGAGAGCAACAGAGACUUGAGAGGGAAAGAGAAAUGGCUAGACAGGCUGUAGAAAGAGCUACUAGAGAAGCACGUGAAAGAGCAGCUGUGGAAGCUCGCCAAAGAGCUGAGAGGGCUGCUGUUGAGAAAGCUAAUGCAGAAGCUAGAAAGCGUGCUGAAAGGGCCGCAGUUCAGAGGGCUCAAGCUGAAGCUCGUGAAAGGGCUGCUGCUGAGGCAAAGGAAAGGGCUGAAAAGGCUGCUGCUGAGGCAAAGGAGUGGGAAGUGCGGGAAAGGGCUGCAGCUGCAAGAGCUGAAUCUGAAGCAAGAGGAAAACAAGAACGUGCUGCUGUUGAAAGGGCUGCUGCAGAGGCUCGAGAAAGAGCUGCAGCACAGGCACGAGAAAGAGCUGCAGCUGCUGCAAAGAUGAACCAACAACAAAAUGACAAUGAUCUUGAAUCAUUCUUCAGCACAGGUGCCCGAGCUAACAGUGCUCCAAGACCUCCUAGGCCUAGUGCUUCAGACCCUGUAUUCGAUGCCCAAUUUUCGUCAGAUGUGUCUUGGAAAUCUUCAGGUGUAACUUCAAGCAUGAAGAAAGCAUCGUCAUCUACUAAUAUUGUUGAUGAUCUUUCCUCAAUUUUUGGAGCUGCUCCAUCAUCAUCUGGAGUGUUUCAGGAAGUUGAAGGGGAAAGUGAAGAAAGACGAAAAGCCAGGUUGGAACGCCAGCAGAGGGCUCAGGAGCGUGCGGCUAAAGCAUUGGCUGAGAAGAAUCAACGGGACCUACAAACUCAACGAGACCAAGCUGAGAAACAUAGGGUUGCUGAAACAUUGGAUUUUGAAAUUAAGCGCUGGGCUGCAGGAAAAGAGGGGAACUUGCGUGCCUUGCUUUCCACCUUACAAUAUGUUCUGUGGCCUGAAUGUGGUUGGCAACCAGUUUCUUUGACUGAUUUGAUUACAGCCGCAGCUGUCAGAAAGGUUUAUAGGAAAGCAACAUUGUGCAUUCAUCCUGAUAAAGUACAACAGAAGGGUGCCACUAUUCAGCAGAAAUGUAUUGCUGAGAAGGUUUUUGAUCUACUCAAGGAGGCAUGGAAUAAGUUCAAUUCAGAGGAGCUUUUCUAA